CGUCCAUCAGAGCCGUCGAUGCGCGGGUAUGGUCGGUGGGGAUGGAAACUGCGCCGUUGGAUUGAUGUUAAGGCGUGAAAAAUUAUAGUGGACGAACUUAUGAAGUCCAAAUCGGGGCCAUCUCAUCUGCGUCUCCGUUGAGAGGGAGGGAGGGAGCGAGCGAGUAGGGAGGGAGAGGCAAUGGCGGCGAUCUGUAUGCUUAACAGGUCGCUAAAUCUCUAUCGAUGUUUCCGGCGCUCCUCCUCGUUGGACUUUGCGUCUGAUGCGAUGGCGGUGGCAGUGGUCGGGAGAAAAGGGAAGAUGAAUAAGCCGUGCUUGCCCCCCAUCAUUUGCAGCGCCCCCUUGGAACGUAGUUCUGAGGUCCAGCAACAGCUUCUGACCGAGGAAGAGGCCCAAGAGACUCGUGCUUCCUUUUCCUUAGUCAGAGAGAUGAUCACAGUGUUAAUUGUAAAGCUUAGAAUAAGGAGUUACAUGAGAUUGUCAUGAUAACUUUUGCUCUAAUUAACAAGAGCUACUAGCCAGAUCGGUGGUUCUCUAAGCACAAAGUAAAUGAACUAGCCUUUGAUGAGGCUCUUCCACUCGCAAGUUCUUGAUCCAUUACUCCUUGAUUUCGUCCAUUUCAUUUGUAGAAGUGUUGGUGCAAUCAUGCCCCAAUUGUUGGAGCUCGAUUAUGUAAUUU